AUGAAACCCACGCUCUCCCUCCUCGGCGCCGUCGCCUUCCUCCCGCUCGCCCUCGUGGCAGCGAAGGAGAUCCCCAAGGACCCGGAGCGCGCGAAGCGCUACGACUCAGGCGAGGUGCACGACGAGCUGAUGGCGGCGAAGCAAGCAGUGUGGGACAGGCAGGAGAGACUCGGCGUCAUGAAUAGCCUCGCGGGGCCGUACUACCCGGAGUUGCACUUUGCGCAGUGUAAGGAUGGAAAGGCGGUGCCGUUUAGGGAUGAGCCGAAUAACUUUUAUAGGUGUAAUAACAUCAAUCUUCAUCAUUUCUUGUCGCAUACGGAUCUGGGGAGUGAGGUCGGGUUGGGGUCGUCGUCUUGGGGGUGGGUUGCUCCUGACGGCAGGGAGUUUGCGAUCAUUGCGCAGGCUGAUGGAGCGGCAUUCGCGGAGAUUACCACUGCUGGAAAGCUCCGAUAUCUAGGUCGUCUCCCCCAGACUCAGGGCGUUGAGGCGAACCGCUGGAGAGAAAUCAGGACGUACAAGAACUUCAUCGUCAUCGGCAGCGAGACAGUGAACCACCACAUCCAGAUCUUCGAUCUAAGAAAGCUCCUCGACAUCGACUACCGCAACGGCCCAGUCACCUUCCACCCGAAAGACAGCCUGACAAGCUUCUACGGCAACCUGCCCGAUGGCCGCGCCCACAACGUCCUCACCAACGAAGCCACCGGCUUCGCCUACAUCGUCGGCGCGCGGCCCCGCAACUCCACCUGCCGCAGUGGCCUCAUCUUCGUGGACCUCAAGGACCCCACGAACCCUACGUCGCCCGGGUGUGCCGCCAAUGACGGCUACGUCCACGACGCCCAGUGCCUAAUCUACAACGGCCCGCACACCAAGUACGUCGGCAAGGAGAUCUGCUACGGCUACAACGAAGACUCCCUCACCAUCUACGACGUGACCGACAAAAAAUGGCCCGAAGUCAUCUCCAUCACCUCCUACGAAGGCGCCUCGUACACGCACCAAGGCUGGGUCCUCGACCCCGCCUGGCAAACCCACCUGCUCCUCGACGACGAGCUCGACGAGCGCGAGAAGCGCGGCCCAGCCGCCGACGGAAAACCCGUAACCUACAUCUGGGACAUCUCGAACCUCGAGCGGCCGCGCCAGACCGGCUACUACAAGGCGCCCCGCGUCUCCGUCGACCACAACCAGUACGUGUGGGGCAACUACACGUAUCAGAGCAACUACGGCGCCGGGCUCAGCGUGUUGGAUGUCGGUAGCAUUGUUGCGGAUCCGACGGGUAGGGGCGUGAAGGAGGUGGCGUGGUUUGAUGUGUAUCCCGAGGAUGAUAAUGAGGUUGGGGGUGGCAAGGCGGAGUUUGUGGGGACAUGGUCGAGUUACGCGGGGUUCCCGAGUGGGUUUAUUCUGAUUAAUACGAUUGAGAGGGGGGCUUGGGUUGUUAGGAUUCAGAAGGAACUGCCAUAG